AUCAUCAGAGAGCAUGUCUUGAACCUCCUCCCAGCUUCGACUGCCCAGGGUAUUCUGCGUGAUAUUGACGUAACAGAUCUGAUGAACUCCACUGUAUUUACACCCCAGCAAAAAGCUUACAAAUGGGUUCGACAGGAUCCAAACCUCAGCAACUACACCAACGAGAGGAUUGUACAGCGCUUUGCCCUGGCAACUUUCUACUAUUCCACCGGCGGUUCGCAGUGGGAUGCAAAGGACAACUGGCUCACUUAUAAUGAUGUGCAUGAAUGUGACUGGUUCUCUAAGAACACGUAUGGGUUCAUCCCUCUUGCUUUUACUGUGCCCCGCCCUCUUUUUGUCAACGAGUCCGUAACAGGUCCCAUUGAUGGAGUCCCUUGCAAGGACCAGCAGUAUGAGCACCUGUGGCUUAAUCACAAUGGCAUGUAUGGGCAGAUUCCAGAGGAAAUGUACUUGCUCACAAAUCUCAAAAGCAUAUCACUGGACCGCAAUGACCUUACAGGCACAAUCUCAGCAAAUAUUGGCCAGCUGACCAGGUUGGAGGAACUGGAUUUGUAUUCCACCUCAGUUGAUGGUACCAUUCCAUCGGAAAUCGGGCUAUUGCCUCUGAAGGUACUCUUUCUGAUAGUUAAUCUUCUUUCAGGCCAAAUUCCUAGUGAAGUGGGUCUGCUUACAGAACUAAGACAGGUAUUGCUGGACACAAAUUUAAUGACAGGGCCUAUACCACCGGAGAUGGCAUUUCUAUCAAAGUUGGAGAAAUUUUCCAUCUGGCAGAAUGCUAUCACGGGCAGUGUGCCAAAUGUUGCUUUUCAGUGGCCUGGACUUUUUUCAGUAGAGCAGAAUCUUCUAUCUUCCACAAUUCCCACAGAGCUCGGCUUGUCAAAGCUCACUGGAUUUGCAGUUUGGAACAACGGAAUCACAGGCUCAAUUCCAUCAGAGGUUGCGCUGAUGACCGACUUGGUUCAUCUUGGGGUCGCCAAUAACCUGCUUAACGGCACUAUACCCACGGAGCUAGGCAGCCUUUCCCUGCGGGAUACUCUUCAAGUCCACAACAACCAACUCACAG